UGGGAAUUACCUGAAGGAUUAGUGCAGGUCAAAAAUGCUGCUCGGCCAGACACCGGCUCGCCCGCUGCUGUCUCUUUGGGGUUGCCUGCGGCACUGUCGCAACAGUAGUUCAGAAAACACUGCCAAGAGGGCUGUCGCGGACCGGGUUCUCUCUGCGUUCAGGUCUAUAUGCGGUGAGGAAAGUGUCUCUUUGAGUGAAGCUGUCAGAGAACAACAUGGCAGAGAUGAGUCUGUACACAGAUGUCGCCCCCCAGAUGUGGUGGUGUUUCCUCGAUGUGUGGAGGAGGUCAGCGCUCUGGCCAAGGUCUGCCACAAACACAGUCUUCCCAUUAUCCCCUUUGGUACCGGGACUGGCUUGGAGGGAGGAGUUGGUGCUGUGAAGGGUGGAGUGUGCUUCAGUUUGAGAAACAUGGAGCAGAUCCUGGAUCUCCAUCCAGAGGACUUUGAUGUAACGGUAGAACCUGGUGUGACCCGGAAGACCCUCAAUGUCUACCUGCGAGACACCGGACUCUGGUUCCCUGUGGAUCCUGGAGCUGAUGCUUCCCUGUGUGGCAUGGCGGCCACCAGUGCGUCUGGCACUAAUGCAGUCCGCUACGGGACUAUGAGGGAAAACGUCCUAAACCUUGAGGUGGUGUUGGCUGAUGGGAGCGUCAUGCACACUGCUGGGAAGGGCCGACGUCCCAGGAAGACUUCAGCGGGCUACAACCUGACAAACCUGUUUGUGGGCUCAGAGGGCACCCUGGGCAUCAUCACUAAGACCACGCUGCGCUUGUACGGCAUCCCGGAAGCCAUGGUGUCGGCUGUCUGCUCGUUCCCCUCUGUCCAGGCUGCCGUAGACAGCACCGUGCAGAUUCUGCAGGCUGGAGUCCCCAUCGCUCGCAUCGAGUUUUUGGAUGAUGUGAUGAUUGAUGCCUGCAACAGGUUCAGCUCCCUGUCCUACCCGGUGACGCCCACGCUGUUCUUGGAGUUCCACGGCUCGGAGCGAAGCCUCGAAGAGCAAGUCAACACCUCUGAGGGAAUAACUCAGAGUAACGGAGGUUCAGAUUUUCAAUGGGCUCAAGAUGUAGAAACACGGGAGCGGUUGUGGAAAGCUCGUCAUGACGCCUGGUACGCCGCACAAGCUCUCAGACCGGGGUGCAAGGCCUACUCCACAGAUGUGUGUGUCCCUCUGUCUCGGCUGCCUCAGAUUGUUGUAGAGACAAAGGAGGAUCUCAUUGAGAACAGACUCACAGGUCCCAUUGCGGGCCAUGUGGGUGAUGGUAACUUCCACUGUCUGAUGGUGGUGGACCCCACCGACCCAGACGAGCUUCACAGGGUCCAUCUGUUCACCGAGAGGCUGGCCAGACGAGCGCUGGCCAUGGACGGUACGUGCACAGGCGAGCAUGGAGUCGGUCUGGGAAAAAGAGUGCUGCUGUGUGAGGAGAUGGGACCUCAGGGCAUCCAGGUCAUGCAGGGUCUCAAGGAUGCCCUCGACCCUAAGAACCUGAUGAAUCCUGGGAAAAUCCUGCAGCAAGGAGAACUGUGAACUCUACUUCCAUCUGAGAGGACAACUGUGAAUGUUUUUAAAGCACUUCCCUCUAAAGGGAAAUACCCUGUCAGGGGAUGAAUGAAGUGUGAACCACAAGCUAGAAGUAAUCCUCACAUAGAAAAUCAAUGUUUAAGUCUCGUUUUCCUUUGGUCUAAACAUGAUGGAUGUGUCAUAGAUUGUUGAACUCAACAUGAAUCCCAUUGAGUUUUUGGAAACCGUUCACUGCUUGAAUUAAAAAAUAAUUG